AUGUCUCGUCUACCGGCCAUCGUAUCAUCAGAGGGAUAUGUCCCCGGAGUUAACGAGCCCGAACAAAUGAUUUGCCAGUACCUACAUAUGACCAGUUCGAUGGGAUGUUCUUGGUUCGGAUGUGAUGUUUCUACCUUCAGUUUACCCCUUUUGAUGCUUCAGCUCAGUAUGAUAUUCAUCGUCUCGCAUACCACCUUCUUCCUGCUUAAACCCCUACGACAAAGUAUUCUCUCUUGUCAACUUAUCGGUUGUAUUGUUUUCAUCUGGUUCGUAAGACUCGACAAUCACCUCCUCAACAAACUGUUCCCGGAAUCCGGCAAGUUGGUUCUUGACACCGUCGCCAGCUUUGGGUUCAUGCUGCAUGUUUUUGUCGUCGGGGUUCAGAUUGACACGAAUAUCUUGAAGAGUGUGCAUGGGCACAUGGUGCUCAUUGGUUGCAUGUCCUUUUUCCUUCCCUAUGCAGUUUGCAUAUUGUGCAUUGUGCCAUUGCCUAAUCUGAUCGAACUUGACGAAUUAAGCCUCCAUACUCUUCCAUUCGUCGCUGCUUUAACCUCCAUGACAACAUUCCCGGCUGUCACCUCCACUCUCUCUGAUUUAAACUUGUUAAAUUCCGAUCUUGGUCGAUUAUCUUGUAGCACAGCUUUAGUUACCGAUUCCUGCAGCUAUAUCACAACUUUAGCUUUGACUACGAUUGGUGUAGCUUUAGAAAGAUCAGAAUGGAAGGCGUUGACCAAUAUCUUCUAUAUCAUUUGUUUUUUGUUCACCAUUUGUUUUAUAGUCCGGCCAUUUAUAUUGUGGAUGGCCAAGAGAAUUCCUGAAGGUCAGCAGAUAAAAGAGAGUCAAUUUGUUAUGGUGCUUGUGGCAGUUUUGCUAUGUGGGUUUCUAUCAGAGUGUUUGGGACAAAAUGCUUCAUUUGGUGGAUUCACGAUGGGUAUAUGUGUGCCUGAUGGACCUCCGUUUGGUUCGGCUAUGGUGAAUCGAGUUGACUGGAUGGCGACUUCCAUUUUAGUUCCAGCCAAGUUUGCAAUCUGUGCGUUUAAGGUUAAUCUAAGGUCUCUUGGAGGUGAUAAUGCGUUAGCUUCUGCGAUCACUGAGGUUGUUAUCACCAUAGCUUACUUGGUCAAGUUCAUGAGCAACUUUCUUUUAGCCAUGUAUUUCAACGUGUCAUCACAGGAUGCUUUUCAUUUCGCUAUGAUCAUGUGUACCAAAGGCAUCAUUGAUGUAGCUGCCUUCUCGCUUAUACGAUCUAAUCGGGUGGUAACAGAACAAGGAUACUCUCUUCUUAUACUCAACAUGCUACUGGUGACAGGAAGUACGAGGUUUCUUCUAUGGCAUUUUUAUGAUCCAUCGGCAAGAUACCAAAGCUACAAAAGAACCAGCAUCUUGGACAGCGAACCAGAUGAUUAUCUUCGAAUGGUGGUUUGCAUUCACAAUGAAGACAAUGUUCCAUCGAUCAUAAACCUUUUACAGGCAUCUAAUCCUUCAAGACAUCAACCUAUAGAAGUUAUCACAAUGAAUCUACUACAACUCGAAGGUCGAGCUUCCGCCAUUUUAGUCCCCAGCUCCGAAGUCAAAAAGAUCCCAUCAGCCCAAACUCGAGUCUUUCAAGUUGGAAAUGCGUUCAAUUACUUCAGGCAACGUAACCGCAACUCUGUUGUAGUCGAACACUUUGUCUCAAUGGCACCAUAUCGUACCAUGCAUGAAGAUAUCUUCACUAUCUCCAUUAACAAGUGCGCUAACAUUAUUAUCGUCCCAUUUCACAAAUGUUGGGGUAUUGAUGGAACUAUUGAUGCUACCUUUCCUGGGAUUAGAUCAGUCAACCUAAAACUCAUGGAGAAAACACCUUGUUCGAUCGGCAUACUUGUGGAUAGAGGCCAGAUUGGAGGACCUAAAUCUGUGUUAACCAGACGAACAGAAGUCUUCCAUAUAACCCAACUGUUCCUUGGUGGUGAAGACGAUAGAGAAGCACUUGCAUUCAGCUGUCGAAUGGCGCAACACCCGUAUGUCAGUUUAUUGGUGGUUGUGCUCCGGCCGGCGAAUGCUGACGUAGACCAGACACCAGAUAUGUUACACGAGAAGAGACUGGAUAAUGAGAUGAUAGAUCGAUUUCGUAUGGAGUGUAAAGGACGAGAUAUCUUUAUUCAACAGGAGGUGGUAAACGAUGGAAUACAAACAGUGCAUUUGCUGAGAGCAAUGGAAGAGGGUUGUGAUUUGUUUAUAGUUGGUCGAGCACAUUCUCUUUCUGGUUCUAAGUUAACGCACGGGCUAUCGGAGAGACCGCAGUGCCCUGAACUGGGGCGGAUUGGAGACUUGUUAGCUUCGUCGGAGUUUCAGUUUUCUAUUUUGGUGGUGCAAACACAGCUGCUGGAAAGAAUUGAUUACGAGUGUGAGCAGAUUGUAUUUGGUAAAUGA